GACUAUGGAGUAUGGUGUGUACUCGUCUGUAAAUAUAUUUAUUUCUUUAUUUUAUUUUGUUGUCUUGUUGAGUUGCAGUUCGAUAUUAUAAUUAUUUCGUUGAUACUUUUAUUUUAUUAAAAACUUGAAGAAUACGAUGUGUUAAAGCAAUGUUGAAGGUUUUAAAGUCUCAUUAAUAGACUCACCAAGCACUAAAAGUAUUUUCAGUCAAGAAUGGGUUUUGAAAUCAAGAGAUUUCAAGGUGACGUCGAUGAAGAACUUAUUUGUCCUAUUUGUUCAGGAGUUCUCGAAGACCCAUUGCAAGCUCCUGCCUGUGAACAUGCAUUUUGCCGUGCCUGCAUCACAGAAUGGAUUAGCCGGCAGCCAACAUGCCCAGUUGAUCGCCAGGCGGUGACCGCAAGUCAGUUGAGACCUGUUCCUAGAAUACUUCGUAACCUACUUUCCAGAUUAUGUACCAGCUGUGAUAAUGCUGCUCAUGGUUGUACAGCGGUAUUAAAACUUGACUCCCUUGAAUCACAUUUAGUAGAAUGUGAAUAUAACCCCAAGCGGCCAAUGCCGUGUGAAGCAGGCUGUGGGUUAGUAAUUCCUAAGGAUGAACUAGCUCAGCAUAAUUGUGUGAAAGAGUUGCGAGCACUUAUUGCUACGCAACAGAGCAAAUUAACAGAUUUUCAGCAAGAGUUGGCAGAGCAGCGAAUUAUAAUGAAUGAACAUAAGCGUGAAUUGGCGUUACUCAAGGAAUUCAUGCGAGCAAUGCGCGUGUCUAAUCCGACGAUGCGUGCUCUCGCAGAUCAGAUGGAACGCGAGGAGGUGAUACGAUGGGCUGACUCGCUCUCGCGGGCACGUGUCACGCGCUGGGGUGGCAUGAUAUCUACUCCCGAUGAUGUGCUGCAGGUGAUGAUGAUCAAGAGAACUCUAUCAGAGUCUGGGUGUCCUCCACACAUAUUAGAUGAUCUCAUGGAAAACUGUCACGAGAGGAGGUGGCCUCCAGGACUAUCAUCAUUGGAGACAAGACAGAAUAAUCGAAGAUUAUAUGAGAAGUAUGUAUGCAAACGAGUUCCUGGUAAGCAAGCAGUAUUAGUGUUACAGUGUGACAAUACACAUGUUGAUGAACACAUGAUGGUGGAGCCCGGGCUUGUCAUGAUCUUUGCUCAUGGCAUCGAAUAGUUCCCUACACUUCUCACCCAAGUCAAGGCUACAUGCUGAGAUCCAUAGUGUUAAUUUUAACCCAUUGGAUAUUUGUACAAAUCUUUUAUUCAGUUUCAUAAAGUGCUUUAUGUUAAAACAAUGGAAUAAUUGAAUUGAGUGCUUGCAAUAUUACAAUGUCAUAUCUUUGAUGUGUGUGAAGAUAUUUAAACAUUGUGAAAAUGUACAAAAUGGUGACUUAGUGAUUUUAUCAUGAUGCUAUAUUAUUGUUACUGGCAAUAUGGUCAAAGGACAUUGUCAAUGUAGAGGAUAGUAAUGUUGUAGAUAUAUGGUCUUAGUGCCUUAGAGAAUUGUGAAGUCAGUCCUGCAAAACAUAAUUUAUUUAAAGUUUGGCUAUCUUUGUGGGAACUGGUUUAACAUGAUAACUCUUCCUUACGAAAUACUGAGUUUUGGCGUGUCAAAGCAUACUUAAAAAAUCUGUGACAGUUAUAUAUGCUGGGUUUUGAAUGAGAGAAACUUGUUUAACUUUUUUGAAUGUUAAUUUAUAAACAGAUAGGUUGAUAUUAAUUAUUUGAGGCACAAUUUAAAUUUUGGUUGUUGAAUUUAAAGCCGCAACAUAUCAUGAUUUGGCACAACUGUGCUGGCCAAACAGACUAUUUAAAAGCGUGUGUAUAUGGUUGUUGUAAGAAGUAAUUAUUAUUUGGAGUUAAAAAAAAGGCUAAUCAAAAAGAAUAAAUACAAUUUGAAUAGAAUUAAAAGGUUGAUUCACAAUGUCAAAAGUUAAUAAAGUUACUACACAAAUUAUCUUAUUGGGUUUAGUAAAAGUUGGCCUAGUAGCAAAUUAAAAUACUUAAUAUAUACACAUUAUCACAGCGCCAAUCUUGUAUAAUCUCAUUAUUGACGAGAAAUUGUGAAAAAGCUAUCUGAUGUAAAAAGUAGAGAAAAAUUGCGGAGACCUAAGAGUCUAUAGAGGAAAGAUAUUAAUAAAAUAAAAGGAAAAUGAAAGAAGGUCCUGUUUAUAAAGUCGUUAAUUAUAUAUAAAAAUAGAUGUAAAGCUUUUGUACUUUAUACUUAGUUUAAGGGACAUUCCGAACGUUUUGAAAUUGUAGAGUAUAUCGCCGUUUGUAUAAUAUAGUGUGCUGUGUUUUUAAAUUUUAUAAUUAAAUUUAGGAAAUUGUAUAAGUAUGACAUUCUCAAUUAUUAUAAAUAAAAUAUUUUCUUUUA